AUGACAGUCGCAUCUGGUGACGAAGGCGACGAAGGAGUAUAUAAAGAAGCAACUUCUCUCUCUCCUUCUGCCGCUUCCUCCGUGUCAGCUGACGGUGGAUAUGGAGGACACCACGGGGGCUUCGGGACGAGGUCAUGGAGCUUCAGAGGCUUCAGAGGUCACGGGGGCUUCGGAGCUUCAGAGGAGGUCACGGGCUUCGGAGUCCUAGGAGGAGGAAGAGGAAGAGGUUUCCACGCUGGCUUCGGAGGCCACCUCGCUCACGCUGCUCCUGUGUUUCAGGCCCAGCUCACUACUCCUAACGAAUACGCCGUCAACGACGACUACGCCGGCACCAACUUCGGCCACAAGGAAGUCCGAGAAGGAUACCAAACCAAGGGGUCCUACUUCGUCCACCUCCCCGACGGUCGCCUCCAGACGGUCAACUACAUAGCUGACGAACACGGUUUCCGCCCCGAAGUCUCGUUCGAGGGCGUUGCUCACCACGCGCGGUCCGGUUCGUCCCCAUGCCAAGGCGGCCCAUGUUAA